AUGGCUCGCGUUGUUCGUAAUAGCAAGUUUCGCCAUGUUUUUGGUCAAGCAGCUAAAAAGCAAGAUUGUUAUGAAAACAUUCGUAUUACUAAAAGCGCUUGGGAUUCCACAUUCUGUUCAGUAAAUCCAAAAUUUCUGGCAAUCAUAACAGAAUCCGCUGGUGGUGGAGCUUUUCUUGUUUUACCACUUGACAAAAUCGGCCGUAUUGAUCGUGAUGUUCCAUUGGUAACCGGACACAAAGCUGCCGUACUCGACAUUGCCUGGUGUCCACAUAAUGAUAAUGUUAUCGCUAGUGGCUCAGAAGAUUGUACGGUCAAAGUUUGGCAAAUACCUGAUGGAGGUUUAACAUCAAGUAAUCUAACCCAAGCGGCUGUCGAUCUUGUUGCGCAUCAACGACGUGUUGGACAAGUACUUUGGCAUCCGAGUGCUUUGAAUGUUUUACUUAGUGCUGGUGGUGAUAUGAAAAUUUUCAUUUGGAAUGUCGGUAAAGCGACUAUCUUAUCAACAAUUGAUUGCCAUCCGGAAGUUAUAUUGAGUGUUUCAUGGAAUUAUAAUGGUUCACGUAUUGUUACAUCAUGUAAAGAUAAAAUCUUUCGUAUUAUUAAUCCACGUAAUGGUCAUGUUAUCAAGUCAGCAAUGGGUCAUCAAGGAGCAAAACCAGCGCGAGCUAUCUAUUUACGCGAUGGUCGUAUCUUUUCAACUGGAUUUUCGAGAAUGUCUGAGAGACAAUACGCUCUUUGGGACGGGGAUCUGGGUAAUGCAUUGACAAUGGAAGAGCUCGAUUCAUCCAAUGGUAUUCUAUUUCCAUUCUACGAUGAAGAUACCGGCCUAAUUUUUCUCUGUGGAAAAGGUGAUUCGACAAUUCGAUAUUUUGAAUAUACAUCUGAAGCACCCUAUAUUCAUUAUAUAAAUACUUAUUCAUCAUCGGAUCCUCAACGCGGUAUGGGUGUUAUGCCAAAACGUGGAAUGAAUAUUGCGACAUGUGAAAUCGCUCGUUUCUAUAAAUUGCUCAAUAAUGGUCUCUGUGAAGUAAUCAGUUUUACUGUACCUCGAAAAUCUGAGUUAUUUCAAGAAGAUCUCUACCCAGACACAACAGCGGAAGAACAUGCAAUAACUGCUGAUGAAUGGAUUGAUGGCAAAGAUGCCAAUCCUCGUUUGGUAUCUGUUCGUGAUCUUAAUUCGGGUUCAAAAUCUCAAUCAAACACGAGUAGCGGUGGUUUAGGUGCGAUCAAUGGUAAUCAAAAGCAAGAAGUUGUUUUUGGCAAAUCAUCAUCGAAUCAAAAGACAUCACCAAACUCAACACAAAAUUCAUCACCACAAAAGAGUGCUAAUGGUGGCAGCGGUGGUCUUCAACAAGGACAGCACGUGGAUAACGAAUUCAUCGAAAAACUUGUUGAAGAAAUGCGUCGAGUCAAAAUCAUUGUCAAGGGACAUGAACGACGUAUCAAAACUUUGGAGGAACGUCUAUCACAAUAUGAAGCACCAGUGGAUGAUCUUGAUGAUUAA